AUGGCGGAGAGUAAGACGGUAGACAAGGCCGCGGCCGCUGCUGCUUCUGGUCCUGUCACUCCCGUUGCUCCUGUCACCCCAACUGCUGCUGCUACUGCUGCUGCUACUGCUGCUGCUGCUGCUGCUGCUGCUACUACUACUGCUGCUGCUACUACUACUACUACUACUACUACCACGGCGGCCACGUCCUCGAGCCAGCUUGCAGCGCACCAAGCCGGUGGUGGCCUGUCCGGAGAGGCCCGUAGGGUCAAGACGCUGAAUGCCGCAAUUCUUGCGCAUCUGCACAAGAUAUACGACACCCAUGCCAAGGUGCACCAAUGGCACGCAGACGGGACUGCCACCUUCCUCAGGGACAUCCAGCACGAUGGCGAUAUUGAAGUGGCCCGCGAGCUGGUCUUGUGCAAGGAGAAGGACUGGGACUUCAACUCGUUCUUGCACUACAUCACCCUGCCCACCACCAACGCCCUCGCGCACCCCCCUGACCAGGACCGAGACUACUCGUGGUCCCUGUCCAACUACUUCAUCAGUUCCAGCCACAACACCUACCUGACGGGCAACCAGCUCUCCAGCUCCUCUAGCGCUAGCGCCUACAAGAACGUCCUGCUAAGGGGCGGUCGCUGCAUCGAGAUCGACGUCUGGGACGGCGACGAGUCCGAGUCGGACACGUCCAUCUCCAGCAGCGACGAGGAGGCCGCCGCCGCCGCCGCCCACCAACCCGACGUCUACGACAAGCGGAAGAAGCGUGUCACGAAGGUCAAGAAAAAGAUUCCCACGGCCCUCUUGGGCAAGAUGGCCCUGGGCGAGAAGCUCGAACAGAAGCUUGUCAAGAAGCUCGAAAAUUAUGCUGAGAAGAAGAAGCCGGAGCCGAAGAAGCCUCAUGGCAGCGAGCCGGCAACCUCGCCAACCCCCCCAGCAACGACACCGGCACCGAUGGCAGAGGCGCCGGUAGCAGCAGCACCAGCAGCAGAUCCAAGAUCGCACGUUGGGAAAAAAGCAAGCAUCAGCUCAUCCCAUUCCUCUCACUCCUCCACCAGGAGGGCUUUGAGUUUCAAGGAGCCAAGGGUCCUCCAUGGACACACGUUGACCAAGGAGGUAUCAUUCCGGGACGUAUGUGUGGCCGUCAGGAAAUACGGCUUUGUGGCGUCGGACUUGCCCGUGAUCGUCAGCCUGGAAGUGCACUGCUGCGCCGAGCAGCAAGAGGCCAUGGUCGCCAUCAUGGAGCAGGAGUGGGUGGGCCACCUGCUUCCGGAGCCAAAGGAGGACGCCCAGAGCCUACCUACCCCAGGCGAUCUCCGCGGUAAGAUUCUCGUCAAAGUCAAGUACACACCGCCAGACGGCGCCAAAACCCCGCGAAAACCCCCGACGCCACCCGGCGGAGCUUCCGACGGAGACGAAGCCAGGCCUCUUCCAGCGACUGGGACCAGCCCCCCCGGCGCCGGUGCGGCUUCUAGUGCCAAGAAGCCGGCCAAGAAGGCAUCCAAAAUCAUCCAAGCGCUCAGCAAACUGGGAAUUUAUACGCGCGGCGUGUCGUUCAAGAGCCUGGCGCAGCCCGAGGCGACCAUGCCGACACACAUAUUUUCUCUGUCCGAGAACAGCGUCUUGGAGGUUCACGAGAAGACGCCGCGCGAGCUUUUCAAUCACAACCGCCACUUCCUGAUGCGCACAUACCCGUCGGGCCUGCGCAUUCGCUCCUCCAACCUGGACCCGGCCGUGUUCUGGCGCAAGGGCAUCCAGGUUGUCGCGCUCAACUGGCAGAACUGGGACGGCGGCAUGAUGCUCAACGAGGGCAUGUUUGCCGGCACAGGCGGCUACGUUUUGAAGCCUGAAGGUUACCGAACAGAUAAGAAAUUCGCUGCCCUGCCCCCCUCAGCAGCGUCCGAGACAGCGCCCCAGGCCACAGCCGUGGAGCACUACACGAUGGAUCUGACGGUGGAGGUGCUGGCGGCGCAGUCGCUGCCGCUGCCGCCAGGCGACCGCAAGGCGCACUCGUUCCACCCGUACGUCAAGGUCGAGGUGCACGUCGAGGAGCCGGGCGAGCGCGCGGGCCAGCCGACCAAGUCGUCGGUGCCGGCCGACGGCAAGGAGAAGGAGGGCGAGUACAAGGCGCGCACCAAGGCGCCGCAGCGCGGCAUCGACCCGGACUUUGCCAGCCAGCCGCCCCUGCGAUUCGACCACGUGCCCGGCGUCGUCCCCGCCCUCUCGUUCGUGCGCUUCCUCGUCCGCGACGACGAGUACGGCCGCGACUCCCUCGCCGCCUGGGCCUGCGUCCGCCUCGACCGCCUGCGGGACGGCUACCGCUUCGUCCACCUGCUCGAUGCCCAGGGCAUGGAGACGGAGGCCGUGCUGCUAGUGAGGAUUGCCAAGAAGUUGUCACCGGUGGUGUGA